AGAUAAUAAUUCAAGUUAAUAUAAAUAAUUUUAUUUGUGGUUUUCUCCAAACAAUUCCGCGAUUACGGGUUGUUUUUUUGGUGUCCUUCAUCGCCCGCUCGCAAAUCCAUGGCUUGAUCCAAUCCCAGAAAACGUCCACCUUUUUCUUGAGUUUUCGUUUUGAAUAUGCACCGUUCAAAUUUUGGGGUUUUCGCCGCCGUCGGGUCCCUUUUCCGUUUUGUUUUGUUUGAAUUCGCAGAUUCACAGGGUUUUCUCUGAUUUCAGAUCUGGGUUCUUUCUUGGAUGCGAUUUCGCUGCUAAAGUUUUGCAAAGAUGUUUUGGCGUAUGACUGGAUUGUCAACUGCGUCUCCUAUUGAUACAAUUCUAGAUAAGGAUAAUUUUACAUUGGAGGAGCUUCUUGAUGAGGAUGAAAUUAUUCAGGAAUGCAAAUCCCUCAAUGGACGGCUUAUAAACUUUUUGCGGGAUAAGGCUCAGGUUGAACAACUUAUACAAUAUAUUGUUGUAGAACCUCCACAAAAUGCUGAUAAGAAGCAAAUUUUCAAGUUUCCUUCAAUUGCAUGUGAGAUAUUUACAUGUGAGGUUGAUAUCAUACUAAAAACAUUAGUAGAAGAUGAGGGAUUAAUGAACUUGCUAUUUUCCUUUUUGAAUAAAAAUCACUCUCAUAGCACCCAGCUGGCAGGGUACUUCAGCAGGGUUGUCAUUUGUCUGCUGUUGCGGAAGACAUCGUCAUUCAUGCAGUAUAUUAAGGGUCAUCAGGAAAUUGUUGAGAUGCUAGUUGACCUGAUUGGUAUAACUUCCAUAAUGGAGGUUUUAAUACGUUUGAUCGGUGCUGAUGAGCAUAUGUACACUAACUACAUGGAGUCAAUGCAAUGGAUAGAGAAUACAAAUAUAUUGGAGUUGAUUGUGGACAAGUUCAGCACAACAGACUCUACUGAGGUGCAUGCAAAUGCAGCUGAAACCUUAUGUGCUAUAACACGAUUUGCUCCUCCUGGUCUUGCUGCCAAAAUUACAAGCCCAAAUUUCAUGGGAAGAUUAUUUCGUCAUGCUUUGGAAGACUCAAGACCAAAAUCUGUUUUGGUCAAUUCUUUGUCUGUCUAUAUAUCUUUGUUAGAUCCCAAGAGGCUAACAUUGGGUGUAUAUCGUACGUACAACCACCAAGUCUCUCCAGGUUCAACAAUAUCUGCAAACCCUAAGACAGUUGAAGGCAUGCUGGAGAAUUUAGGUAAUUUGCUGAAGCUCUUGGACAUUUCAUCAUCAGAGUCAACCUUAUUAACAACUUAUGGAAAGUUACAGCCCCCGCUUGGGAAACACCGUUUGAAGAUUGUAGAGCUUAUUUCAGUCUUGCUGAUGGUUGGAAGUGAAGCUGCUGAAAAGGAAUUGAUUCAACUGGGUUCUGUGCAAAGAAUUCUGAACUUAUUCUUUGAGUAUCCAUACAACAAUUUCUUACAUCAUCUUGUGGAGAACAUAAUAUUGUCAUGCUUAGAGAGCAAAAAUGUUCCACUUGUUGAAAAUCUUCUUCGUGAAUGUAACCUUUUGGGAAAAAUACUUGAAGCCGAAAAGAAUUGCAUGUUAGCUUCUGAUCCAAAUAUGCCAACAGUUAGUGCUGAAGGUAGAGCACCACCAAAGAUGGGGAAUAUUGGUCACUUGACUCGUAUAUCUAACAAACUUGUUCAGCUCGGAAAUAGCAAUGGCGAAAUUCAGGCAUAUCUGCAGGAAAAUAGUGAAUGGGUUGAUUGGCAGAAGAAUGUUCUAUCAAAGCGUAAUGCUAUUGAAAAUGUUUACCAGUGGGCUUGUGGGAGGCCGACUACAUUACAAGACAGGAGAGAUAGUGAUGAUGAUUACCAGGAUAGGGAUUAUGAUGUUACAGCUUUGGCAAAUAACUUAAGUCAGGCAUUUCGAUAUGGCAUUUAUAAUAAUGAUGAUAUGGAUGAGGUACAUGGCUCACUUGAACGUGAUGAUGAGGAUGUUUACUUUGAUGAUGAAUCUGCUGAGGUUGUAAUAUCUUCUUUACGCCUAGGUGAUGACCAAGAAAGUGGUUCUCUUUUCACAAAUUCCAACUGGUUUGCGUUUGAAGAUGACAGGGUUUCAGGUGAACAUUCAACUGGUGCUUUGCCUUGUGCAUCACCUAAUACUGAUGAAGCUGAUGUUGUCAAUGGUAAUGGUGAAGAUGAUAAGAAGGUGGUUCGAAAAGAUAAUGACUUGGAUGAUACGGCAACAUCCUCUCCGCUACCUGAUGCAAAAUUAGAAGUUAGCUCUGCUGAUCUGUCUGACAAUUCUAAGGAAGCUGUACCCAAUGCAAAUGAUAAACUACCUUCUUGGGUUGAAUGGAGAGAUAUCUCAGAUGGCGCCGGAGCAUCUCUUUCUGAUGGAUAUGCUACUGUACGAAAUGGUGAACUGCAAGUGAAACUGGAGGAUACAGGCAGUGGUCAUGACCCGGAUGAUAUUACCAAACCUUCUCCAUCAUCAUCCUUGGACAAUACAAGUGAAACUGCCUCGGAGCCAAAAAAUGAAAACCUUGGUUCAAGCCCCCAAUCCAGUGAUGUCAGUCCAAGUCCACCAGUUAUUGAGGAUGAUGAGACAGCCUCGGGAACAGGGUCUGCCUCUGAGGCUGCUGAAGAGGUGACGGCGGCGAAGGAGACAGUGAACUAAAUGUAUAUUCCAAAAAAAAUGGUUUAGUGGAUCUACUCAUUCCGUGGCGACAUUGAUCUGAUGAGAGCUAUGGAAACUGCUUGGUUGACAUUGAAGGAUGCAGCUGUUUUCACAUGACCAUCGACGCAAUCCUUAACCGGGAAUUGUUGUUGUUGGUUGGAGUUGAUGAUUCUUUAUCCCCCACCCAUGCAAAGUUUAUGUAUUUUGGCAGAUUCGAGAGCAGCAGGUAAAUGCAACAUUUGAUCUGCUGUAUAGGUUCUUCUUGUGAAUUCAAUCAGGAAAAUGUUUAGUUCAAGAUAAAAAAAAA